ACGGUGGUAGCGAUGGCGGACGCCAAGCCGAGCACCACGACGGCCGCCGAGGAAGCCAAGCCUGACGCGAAGACUGUGCAGGUGCUGCGGGACAUGGCCAAUCGCCUGCGUAUCCACUCCAUCAGGGCCACGUGCACUUCGAGCUCUGGCCACCCCACAUCAUGCAGCAGUGCUGCUGAGAUCAUGUCCGUGCUGUUCUUCCACAUCAUGAGAUACAAACAGGAGGAUCCUGAGAAUGCAGAUAAUGAUCGUUUCAUCCUCUCCAAGAGGCUGUCGUUUGUUGAUGUGGCAACUGGAUGGCUCGGGCAAGGACUGGGGGCCGCUUGCGGGAUGGCAUACACGGGCAAGUACUUUGACAAAGCAAGCUACCGCGUGUUCUGCCUCAUGGGAGAUGGCGAGUCCUCCGAAGGCUCCGUCUGGGAGGCGUUGGCUUUUGCUUCCCACUACAAUCUGGACAAUCUUGUGGCCGUCUUCGAUGUGAACCGCCUGGGCCACAGUGGCGCCCUGCCCCCCGAGCAUUGCAUAGAAGUCUAUCAGAAGCGCUGUGAAGCCUUUGGGUGGAAUACUUACGUGGUGGACGGCCGUGAUGUGGAGGCGCUGUGCCAGGUGUUCUGGCAGGCGAGUCAGGUGAAGAACAAGCCCACUGCUGUGGUUGCCAAGACCUUCAAGGGCCGGGGCAUUCCAAGUGUUGAAGAUGCAGAAAAUUGGCAUGGAAAGCCAAUGCCAAAGGAAAGAGCUGAUGCAAUUAUCAAACUAAUUGAGAGCCAGAUACAGACUAACAAGAAUCUUGACCCAAAGCCCCCUAUUGAAGACUCUCCUCAAAUCAACAUCACUGAUAUAGAAAUGAGCUCUCCGCCUGCUUACAAAGUCGGCGAGCAGAUCGCUACUCGGAGAGCAUGUGGUUUGGCUCUGGCUAAGCUGGGCCAUGCAAAUGAUAGAGUCAUUGUGCUGGAUGGUGACACCAAGAACUCCACCUUCUCAGACAUAUUCAAGAGAGAACACCCUGAGCGCUUCAUUGAAUGUUUCAUUGCUGAGCAGAACAUGGUGAGCGUGGCACUGGGAUGUGCCACCCGUGGUCGGACCGUUGCUUUUGCUAGCACCUUCGCUGCCUUCUUGACCCGAGCAUUUGAUCAAAUUCGGAUGGGAGCCAUCUCUCAAAUCAACAUUAAUCUUAUUGGGUCCCACUGUGGAGUAUCCGUUGGUGAAGAUGGUCCCUCCCAGAUGGCCCUGGAGGAUCUGGCCAUGUUCCGAUCCAUUCCCAACUGCACUGUUUUCUACCCGAGUGACGCCACCUCAACGGAGCAUGCUGUUCUCCUGGCAGCGAAUACCAAGGGGAUGUGCUAUGUCCGGACCAGCCGACCAGAAACCGCGGUUAUUUACGACCCGCAAGAAAGCUUUGCGAUCGGACAGGCCAAGGUCCUCCGCCAGAGUGUCAAUGACAAAGUCACAGUUAUCGGAGCUGGAGUUACUCUGCAUGAAGCCUUAGCAGCUGCUGAAGAUCUUUCUAAGCAAGAUAUUUCUAUCCGUGUCAUCGACCUGUUUACCAUUAAGCCCCUGGAUGUUCCCACCAUUGUCUCUAAUGCCAGAGCCACAGGCGGCCGUAUUAUCACAGUGGAGGACCACUACCCAGAAGGUGGCAUUGGGGAGGCUGUCUGUGCAGCCGUCUCCAUGGAGCCUGACAUCCUGGUCCAUCAGCUGGCAGUGCCCGCGGUGCCUCGGAGUGGGAAGCCCAGUGAGCUGCUGGACAUGUACGGAGUCAGUGCUAGACAUAUCAUAGUGGCUGUGAAGUGUAUGUUGAUGAACUAAAAUACAUUAGUUGGCAUUAGACGUAGAAGACUGGCUUCUCUACCUUAUGUUUAUGCUCCGUUGGCAGACUAUCAUUUAAAUCUAUACUGUUUUGUUAUUAAAAAGUAAAGCAAGUUGUAACUACCUUCUGUUAAACCGUAACUACGUAUACAAGUGUAACUCUCAUCUUUGAUUCGGUAGAGUGUGUU